CUUCUACGACCUCCACCACCCCACCGCCGCAUCUCACUCGCCAUACCACGCCAUGAACUCCCUCCGACUCGCCCGAAGUGCUGUCAGGGCUGCGCCCUCUGCCUUUCGCGCCGCGCCCGCCCUCCGUCGAGGCUAUGCCGAUGUCGCAUCCGACAAGAUCCAAUUGACUCUGGCCCUGCCUCACCAAGCCAUCUACAAGUCCAAGGAUGUCGUGCAAGUCAACAUUCCCGCCGAGUCCGGAGAGAUGGGUGUCCUCGCCAGCCAUGUCCCAUCCAUUGAGCAGCUGAAGCCAGGCCUUGUGGAGGUCAUUGAAGAGCAGGGUGGUAGCAAGCAGUUUUUCUUAUCUGGCGGCUUUGCAACCGUGCAGCCUAACUCAGUGCUGAGCAUCAACGCUGUGGAGGGAUACCCGCUCGAAGCAUUCAGCGCGGAGGCCGUGAGGAACCAGAUCGCUGAGGCACAAAAGAUUGCCAGCGGUAGUGGUAGCGAGCAGGACAUUGCCGAAGCAAAGAUAGAGCUGGAGGUCCUCGAGACCCUGCAGGCUCAGCUCAAGUAGAGUUGCUGCAAAUGUAAAUACUGUAUAAAGUACCAUUUGGAAGUGUGAACUGCCCGAUGCAGACGUUGCUCCUGCUGCCCGCGACACUUGCUUGCCACUGCCCGCUGAGUUGAGACGGGUUGGCACUUGCUGCAGCGGCUCUGGAUCCAGGCCGAAGCCGAAGCUGUCACUGCACCUCUCACCUGCCACUCACCAGCUGCCACACUGCUGAUGCCGUGCUUUGCGUUCCUACAAGAACCAUCUUCCCGGAACCUCCUCGAGCACGUUGGUGUACUCUAUACCCUAACAUUCAUGUAAAUAUCAGUAGAUGCCAACCACGCCUGACACCGAGGCAGUCUCCG